CGGAUCUUUACGGAGAUCACACACAGGCGGGAAUUGAUGAAGUAAGCGCCAUCGUUCUCCCUCACACAAACUCACUCUUUUCUAGUCUCCAGACGACGAGCCGUUUAUACUCUCUCUCCGGCUGUCACGAAUGGCGGUCACGGCUGAAGACACAUCGGAUUUGGGAAUGCCAGUGUACGACGUAGAAGACGGCGAGCACGAAUCCAAGGAGCUUGUCCUCCAGAAGUACUUCCUCAUUGAGUGGAAGUUCGUCAAGUCCCUCCUAAACAACAUCGUCUCCAAUGGCCGCGUCUCCGACCCCUCCUCUGUCCACACCAUCCGAUUCAUCAUGGACAAGUAUCAGGAACAGGGUCAACUACUAGAGCCUUACCUGGAGAGCAUAGUUUGCCCUCUGAUGUUCAUUAUUCGUUCUAAAACAAUUGAACCAGGUGUAGCUUCGGAUGAAAUUCUUGAAGUAAUCAAGCCUAUAUGCAUCAUUAUAUAUUCUCUCGUCACAGUUUGUGGAUACAAGGCUGUCAUCAAGUUCUUCCCUCAUCAAGUGUCUGAUUUAGAACUAGCUGUAUCUCUACUUGAGAAGUGCCACAAUAUGAAUUCAUUGACAUCAUUACGGCAGGAAAGUACAGGAGAGAUGGAGGCUAAAUGUGUAAUACUUUUGUGGCUUUCCAUACUCGUUUUGGUUCCGUUUGAUAUCUCUACCAUUGAUACUAGUAUUGCAAACAACAGCAAUCUGGAUGACCUUGAGCUGGCCCCUCUCGUACUGAGGAUAAUAGGUUUUUCUAAGGAUUACCUGUCGAAUGCGGGCCCUAUGCGCACUAUAGCUGGAUUACUGCUCUCUAGGCUUCUUACACGGCCAGAUAUGCCAAAGGCCCUUUUCAGCUUCGUUGAAUGGACUCAUGGAGUCCUAUCUUCUUUUAGUGAUGAUGUCUUGAUUCACUUCCGGUUACUUGGUGCUGUUGAAGCGUUGGCUUCGAUUUUCAAGGCUGGUGAUCGAAAACUCUUGCUUGAUGUGAUUCCAAUGAUUUGGAAUGAUGUCUCAGUAUUGAUCAAGUCCAGUGCUGCAGCUCGGAGUCCUUUACUUCGCAAAUAUCUGGUGAAGUUAAUUCAACGAAUUGGGCUUGCUUGCCUCCCACACCGGUCUCCUUCCUGGCGCUAUGUGCAGGGCAGAACUAGUUCACUUGGGGAGACUAUUUCUUUGCCUGCAUCCAGAAAAACUGAUCAAUGCAGUCAUGAUCUUAACAUAGACUCCUCCAACUCAGAACAAAGCUCAUAUUGCAUGCAAGAUGAAGAUAUGGAUGUUCCAGAUAUCGUAGAAGAGAUGAUUGAGAUGUUGCUCUCUGGAUUGAGAGAUACGGACACUGUUGUGCGUUGGUCUGCUGCAAAAGGUAUAGGCCGCGUAACCUCACAUCUCACGUCUGCCCUUUCAGAAGAGGUCCUAUCAUCUGUCUUGGAGCUGUUUUCACCAAGUGAGGGUGAUGGAUCAUGGCAUGGGGGUUGCUUAGCGUUGGCUGAACUGGCACGUAGAGGAUUGCUCUUACCUAUCGGUCUUCCCAAAGUUGUACCUGUUGUGGUGAAGGCACUGCAUUAUGAUAUUCGAAGAGGUCCUCAUAGUGUUGGAUCUCACGUUCGUGAUGCUGCUGCCUAUGUUUGUUGGGCCUUUGGUCGUGCAUAUUAUCACACAGAUAUGAGAAACAUAUUAGAACGGCUUGCUCCACACCUCCUAACUGUGGCUUGCUAUGAUCGUGAGGUUAACUGUAGAAGAGCAGCUGCAGCUGCUUUCCAGGAGAAUGUUGGAAGACAAGGGAAUUACCCGCAUGGCAUUGAUAUAGUGAACACUGCAGAUUAUUUUUCACUUUCUUCGCGGGCAAACUCUUACCUUCAUGUUGCUGUUUGUAUUGCUCAAUAUGAGGGGUAUCUUUACCAGUUUGUGGAUGAACUGCUGAAUAACAAGAUCUGUCACUGGGAUAAAGGCUUGAGAGAACUUGCUGCAGAGGCUCUUUCUGCUCUUGUCAAAUAUGAUCCUGAAUAUUUUGCAAGCUCCGUAGUGGAAAAGUUAAUUCCUUGUACUCUCUCAUCUGAUUUGUGCAUGCGCCAUGGUGCGACUUUGGCAGCUGGUGAACUUGUUUUAGCUCUACAUCAAUGUGAUUGUGUUCUUUCCUCUGAUAAACAGCAGCUUGUUGCUGGUGUAGUUCCUGCUAUUGAGAAAGCACGGCUUUAUCGUGGAAAGGGUGGAGAGAUAAUGCGUUCAGCUGUUUCCCGGUUUAUUGAAUGUAUCUCUAUAUCUCAUUUGUCAUUAACAGGAAAGAUAAAACGAACUUUGCUUGAUACUUUGAAUGAGAAUCUUAGACAUCCUAAUUCUCAGAUACAGUAUGCUGCUAUUAAUGCUUUCAAACACUUUGUUCGAGCAUAUCUGGUUGCCGCUGACACUGGAGGUACUGGUGAUAUAGCGUCAAAGUACCUGCAAAUGCUGACUGAUCCAAAUGUUGCUAUAAGAAGAGGAUCUGCAUUGGCACUUGGUGUUUUGCCUUAUGAUCUUUUGGCUAAUAGGUGGAGGGACGUGCUUUUGAAGCUUUGUAGCUCUUGUGCUAUUGAGGAUAACCCAGAAGACAGAGAUGUUGAAGCACGGGUAAAUGCUGUCAAAGGACUCAUAUCUGUCUGUGAGAUGUUAACUCAGGCUGGAGAAGAUUCAAAUAUCCAGUCUAGGGACAUGUCUACAUUUCUUCUGCUAAAAAAUGAAGUGAUGAUGAGUUUAUUUAAAGCUCUAGAUGACUACUCUGUUGAUAACAGAGGUGAUGUGGGUUCUUGGGUUCGUGAUGCAGCUUUGGAUGGCCUGGAGAGAUGUACAUAUAUCCUUUGUAAGAGAGAUUCCACUGGUUCUACUAGAAGAUCAGAUGAAGUUGAACCUGCACAAGAGCUUCCAAAUUCUGUCGUGGUUAAAAAUAACCAGAUGGACUCGCUUUUUGAUGCAAAUCUUGCUUCCAUCUUGAUUGGAGGAAUUUGUAAGCAAGCUGUGGAGAAGAUGGACAAACUAAGAGAAGCAGCUGCAAAAGUUCUUCAAAGGAUUUUGUACAACAAAAUGGUUUAUAUUCCCUAUAUACCUUACAGGGAAAAGCUGGAAGAACUUGUUCCUAAUGAUGCAGGUUUACAAUGGGGUGUACCCGCUUUCUCAUAUCCACGUUUUGUAGAGUUACUUCAAUUUGAUUGUUAUAGUAGACCUGUCCUAUCUGGGUUAGUUGCCUCUACUGGUGGUUUGCAAGAUUCACUGAGGAAGGCAUCAAUCUCAGCAUUGUUAGAGUUUCUUCAAGCAGUUGGAACCGAAGACCUCAAUGCGAAAAGGUCCAGAGAGUUUAUGCUCUCUAAUGACAUCCUUUGGAUUUUUCAACAGUACAAAAGAUGUGAUAGAGUGAUUGUACCCACUCUGAAGACCAUCGAGAUUCUUUUCAGCAAAAAGAUAUUCUUAAAUAUGGAGGCUCAUACUCCAACCUUCUGCGCUGGUGUUCUGGCUUCCCUCACAAUCGAAUUGAAGGGGUCAAAGGACUUCUCUAAGUUAUAUGCAGGCAUUGCAAUACUUGGAUAUAUUGCUUCACUUUUGGAUCCCAUUAACUCUCGGACCUUCUCUCAUCUUCUCACUUUCCUUGGCCAUCGCUAUCCUAAGAUACGGAAAACUUCUGCUGAACAAGUUUACCUUGUCCUCCUGCAAAAUGGGAAUCUUGUGUCGGAGGAGAGUAUGGAGAAAGCACUUGAAAUUGUUUCUGAAACUUGCUGGGAAGGUGAUAUAGAGGUGGCAAAGCAACAAAGAUUGGAAUUGUUCAAUCUGGCUGGUCUGGAAACAGGACUACUUCACAAGACUAACGAUGUUUCAAACAAGGGUGGCCGGAAGAAAACUCCUGCUGAUGAAAAUGCAUCGUAUUCCUCUUUAGUUGGGUCAACUGGGUUCUGAUUGUUUAAUUGAGUGUUUUAACUUUAUUGUUAAUUUUCAACCUCUUUUUAUUAAGGCAUUUUUGGUAAAGUUGUAUUGAUGUAUCUCUUGAGAGCAUUUAUCUAUGAGCAGAGUGAAUUCAAGAGGUAUUUAAACCUAAA